AUGAGCCUGCUCGGGAGCUACCGGAAAAAGCCGGGCGGUGACGGCUAUGAAUCGUUGCAGCUGGUGGACAGCGGCGCUGACGGCGGCGGAGCAGCGGCCGAGCGCGGGGCCGGCGCGGCGGCGGCGGCGGGGACGGGGCCGGGCGGCCGGAGCCCGGCGCGGCACCAGCAGCAGCAGCAGCCGCAGCCCGGCAGCACCAUGGACAGCUCAGGUGCCUCAUCACCAGACAUGGAGCCCAGCUAUGGGGGAGGCUUGCUAGAUAUGGUGAAAGGAGGAGCAGGGAGACUCUUCAGCAAUUUGAAGGAUAACCUGAAGGAUACCCUGAAAGAUACAUCUUCAAAGGUCAUGCAGUCUGUUGCCAGUUACACCAAGGGAGAGCUAGAUAUUUCAUACAUUACCUCAAGAAUCAUAGUGAUGUCUUUCCCGGCUGAAGGCGUUGAGUUGGGGUUCAGGAACCACAUUGAAGAUGUGAGGACGUUUCUGGACUCCAGACAUCCCGACCACUACACCGUCUUCAACUUGUCACCCAAGUACUAUCGCAGUGCCAAGUUCCACAACCGGGUGUCUGAAUGUAGCUGGCCAGUACGACAGGCACCCAGUCUGCACAACCUCUAUGCUGUCUGUAAGAACAUGCACAACUGGCUACAGCAGAACCCCAAAAACGUCUGUGUCAUCCACUGCAUGGAUGGUCGCGCAGCCUCCGCCGUUCUGGUCAGUGCGAUGUUCUGUUUCUGUCACCUCUUCUCUAAUCCAGGCCCUGCUAUGCAGUUGCUGAACACAAAGAGACCUGGAAUUGUACUGUGGCCAUCUCACAGGAGAUACAUAGGAUACAUUUGUGAUCUAAUAGCAGACAAGCCCAUUGUUCCUCACUGCAAACCACUUACCAUCAAGUCAGUCACCCUCAGCCCAGUGCCCUGUUUCAACAAGCAACGGAAUGGCUGCCGGCCCUUCUGCGACAUCCUCAGCGGAGAAACCCGCAUCCUCACCACCUCCCAGGAGUACGAAAGGAUGAAAGAAUAUCGUGUGCAAGAAGGGAAAGUCCUGAUUCCACUGGGAGCCACUGUCCAUGGAGAUGUUGUUGUUUCUGUCUACCAUAUGAGAUCAACCAUUGGGGGACGCCUUCAAGCAAAAAUGACCAACACACAAAUAUUCCAAAUUCAAUUUCACACUGGAUUCAUAGCCCUGGGAACAACCACCCUGAAAUUCACCAAGCCUGAGCUGGAUGCCUGUGACUCUCCAGAUAAAUAUCCUCAGCUCUUUCAUGUUAUACUGGACAUAGAAAUACAAUCUGCUGACAGACAAACGGAAUUAACUCCCCCAUGGGAGAACUUCACGACAAAAGACAUCAACCCAACCAUUCUCUUCUCCUCCCAUCAGGAGCAUCAGGACACCCUUGCUUUGGCAGGUAGAGGUGCCACUGAUUCACCCCAGGAUAACAUAAGAAACGUUGGACAGAGUGCAUUCUUCUCAUCUCUCAGCUGGCAAGAUCAGAAAUCUGACAAAAGUAGCUCUCACCCCACCUCAGAGGACCGAGCAGCGUUGGUGCACGAGGAAAGCGAGCAGUCAGAUGACGAACUCUUGUCCCUUUCCAGUCAGCACAGUAAUGCCAGCGGUGACAAGCCUCACGGGACGCCCAAACACAGCAAAAAGCACCAGGAGCCUCCAGCAGCUCCUCCUCCCGAAGACGUGGACCUGCUGGGCCUGGAUGGUAGCCCUAUGAGCAAGAGCUUUCCCUCGCAGCCCAGCGCGGCCCCGUCUAACUCAGACCUGCUGAAUGAUUUGUUUGGGGUGGGAGGGCCGAGCUGCCAGGCUCCAAGUGGGCAGCCCUCUGCCGAGGAGGUUUUCCCCGUGGGGGCACCUGGAUCCGUGCACUCCACUCCCCGGCGCUCCGCAGCUUCUGCGUCCCCGUCCCCAUCCCCGAGGGUGGCAGAAGCCACUGCCUUUGAUCCAUUUGGAAGUAGCCCUAAGCAAACUGGUCCAGACCUCCUGGGUUCCUUUCUUGGUUCAUCGGCUGUCCCUGGUGAUCCUUUCCUUCAAGCAACAAGAAGCCCUUCACCAACUGUGCACAGCGAUCCCUUUCACAUGGCUUCUAGCACACCAACGGUUUCCAUACAACCAGAUGUUUCGGGUGGUUGGGACUGGCCCAACAAACCAGGUGGCCUAGGAAUGGGAAGCAAGUCAGCUGCCACCAGUCCUACAGGAUCCCUCCACAGUACUCCUACUCAUCAGCCUAAACCCCAAACGCUGGAUCCAUUUGCUGAUCUGGGCACUCUUGGAGCAAGUUUAGCAGGUGGCCCUUCGUUUGCCAGUAAGCCCACCACGCCGACGGGCAUGGGUGGAGGAUUCCCACCCUCGCCACAGAAACCCUCUCCCCAGCCCAUGGGCGGCAGCGGUUGGCAGCAAGGAGCUGGCUAUGGCUGGCAGCAGGCAGCAACCAAAGGCCAGCCCAGCAUGCCUCAUGCCUCCCCUCAGAACAAGCCCAAUUACAACGUGAGCUUCUCAGCCAUGCCGGGAGCGCCAAGCGAGCGUGGAAAAGGCCCAGCUAACGUGGAUUCAAAACCAAAAGUGUCUGCAGAUUUUGAAGAUCUAUUAUCUGGUCAAGGUUUUAAUGCUCACAAGGACAAGAAGGGUCCCAAAACAAUAGCUGAGAUGAGAAAAGAAGAAAUGGCUAAGGAGAUGGACCCUGAGAAGCUAAAAAUCCUGGAAUGGAUUGAAGGGAAGGAGAGAAAUAUAAGAGCCCUGCUGUCCACCAUGCAUACAGUCUUAUGGGCAGGGGAGACCAAGUGGAAACCUGUUAGUAUGGCAGAUCUUGUUACGCCAGAGCAGGUGAAGAAGGUCUACCGGCGGGCAGUGCUUGUCGUGCAUCCCGACAAGGCUACUGGGCAGCCAUAUGAACAAUAUGCAAAGAUGAUAUUUAUGGAGCUUAAUGAUGCCUGGUCAGAAUUUGAAAACCAAGGACAAAAACCCUUGUAUUAGGUACUUUCUCAGUCCCCACCACAGACCUGUGCUAGUGCUUAUUUAGUCUCUUGUCACAAAUGUCACGGAUCAACCAAACUCUGGCUGGAAACUCAGAGGUUUCAGAAAACAAAGAGCCUAAUACUUACCAUGAAGAACAAGAGAAAGGUUUCCUUCUCCUUGUAUCAAGAAUCCUGAGCUCAGAGGAACUCUAGCUGCCUGGCUUGCCCCAUGAGAGCCACGGGGUUACAGUUUCUUCUAACUUUUGUGAUUUUCUUUGGAUUCAAGUAGGGCAAGAG